AUGCGCGCCACACUCGCUCUCACAUUCGUUUCAUUACUGGCCGAUUCGGCCUCUGCUUUUGCGGUUCCUUGGAGGGCACCCAAGAACCAGGCUCGCCAUGAUCCCUUCAUCGGUAGGCGUGCUGACAACGGCACUCUCGGUGACUACGACUAUGUCGUCGUUGGAUCUGGCCCUGGUGGUGGCCCGGUGGCUGCUAACCUCGCCAUUGCUGGCUACAAGGUGCUCUUGAUCGAUGCCGGUGGUGACUCUGGCGAUAGCUGGACGGAGAAGGUCCCAGCCAUGCAUCUCAUGUCGACCGAAUUUGAGGACACCAGGUGGAACUACUUCGUCAACCACUACCCCGAUCUCGAGCAGCAGAAGCGCGAUUCGAAGAUGACGUAUCAGAUGCCUGAUGGCAGCUUCUACGUUGGUCUCGAGCCCCCCGCUGAGGCUGACCCUCUCGGUGUCUGGUAUCCUCGCACAGGAACCUUGGGCGGCUGCUCUCGUCACAACGCUCUCAUCAGUAUCGCAGCCCACGACUCUGACUGGGACAACAUCGCUACUCUCACCGGUGACGAUUCCUGGAGCGCAACGAACAUGAGAGAGCACUUCAAGAAGAUCGAGAAUGCUCAGUACCUGCCUAACAGCGUUGUCGGCCACGGCUUCUCUGGCUGGCUCGGUCUUUCUCUGACCUCGCUGUCCCUUGUCGUUGAGGAUCAGAAGCUCUUGUCCUUGAUUAUUGCCGCCGGAACCGCCAUGGGCAAGUCCAUCCUCACCGCUCUCGUCAGCACCGUUGUUGGACUUGGUCAGGUGUUGCUUCGUGAUAUCAACGCUCCCGGCCAGGCUAGCCAGACUGGUCUCUACCAAGUUCCUCUGGCCAUGACCGACUCUAUUCGUGGCGGUCCUCGCGAUCUUAUCCUGAACACUGCCAACGCCGUGAACUCUGAUGGUUCUCGCAAGUAUCAUCUUGACGUCAAGCUCAACACCCUGGUUACCAAGAUCAACUUCGACCAGAGUGGCAACAAGCCCCGCGCUACUGGUGUUGACUUCAUGGAGGGCGCGAGCCUGUACCGUGCUGACCCCCGUUCCGGAUCGGCCACCUCAACUGGUACCGGUAGUGUCAGUGCUAAGAAGGAGGUCAUCAUCUCUGCGGGGGCCUUUAACACCCCUCAGCUUCUGAAGCUCAGCGGUGUUGGUCCCAAGAAGGAGCUUGAGUCUUUCAACAUCACCACUAUCGUCGACCUUCCCGGUGUCGGAACCAACAUGCAGGAUCGCUAUGAGGCUACCGUGAUCGGCAAGACCACCAGCGACUUCGUCAUCACUUCUAAGUGCACCUUUGGAGAGACCUCUCCUGAUCCUUGCCUCGAGCAGUACCAGAAGGGUCUCGAGCCCAUCAGCAAGGGAGUCUACGCCACCAACGGUAUCGCCAUCGCCAUCAUUCUCAAGUCUUCCGUCGCCGAGGAUGAGCCCGAUCUGCUCGUGUCUGGUGCCCCCGCGAAGUUCAAGGGCUACUUCCCCGGCUAUGCCUCCGAUUCUCUCGCCGACGCCCAGCACUGGGCUUGGAUCGUCUUGAAGGCCCACAGCCGCAACAACGCCGGAACCGUCACUCUCAAGUCGACUGAUCCCCGUGACAUGCCCCUCAUCAACUUCAACUACUACGACUCGGGAGUCAACAGCGCUGGUGAGGCCGACAAGGAUCUUCAGGCCACCUAUGAGGGCUUCGAAUUCGGUCGCCGCGCGUUCUCUGACUUGAUUCCCCUUGAUGGAAGCUUUCCUGAGGUCUGGCCCGGAACCAACGUCACCAGCGAGGAUGCCACCAAGCAGUUCCUCAAGGAUGAGACAUGGGGACACCACGCUUCGUGCACCUGCCCCAUCGGACCCGACAGUGAUCCCAACGCCGUUCUUGACUCCGAGUUCAAGGUUCGCGGCACUGAGGGACUUAGGGUUGUCGAUGCCAGUGUCUUCCCCAAGAUCCCUGGUUUCUACAUUGCCUUGCCCCUGUACAUCGUCUCUGAGAAGGCCAGCGAGGUCAUCAUCAAGGCCGCUCAGAGCUCCGCCUGA